UGGCCGGUUUUGUAAUUUUGCCGGGCGGGCCGUGACGUCACGAGACUAGUUUGACGCUCGUGCGUGACGGCCUGCGCCAGGACGCCCGCGCCUUGCCGUUGCCGCCCCCGACUUCAGCAAACAGAGUUGGGGAUUCAAGCACAGUGCGGGGCGCUCAGCAGCAGCGCCUCCGCCUAAAAACGUCACAGCGGGAGAGCCACGCGGCGCCAUGUCCGCUUCGCCGCAGCCCAUGAACGCUUGCGAAGAGCGCGUACGCACCCCUAGAGCCGCGCCUUCACCACCCUCCGCGCCGUGCUCGCCCGCGCCUGCGCACGCAGUGCUUGCGACCAUGACCCCUGUGCAGCCCGCGCACGACUACUACCCGCACCCUCACAAAGUAGAGAUGGACUCUGACGACGGCUAUCCUCCUGAGGCGCACUCCUACCGGCACUCGCCGCACGAACUCGCUGCCUACGCGCCCGACAGUAAGGUACCUGUGCAGCCCGACGUGUACGACCAGGGCAUGGAGUCAAUGGACGAAAAGACUCCCAUAGAUCUCAUUUACGAAGACGAUAAAGAAACAGUCAUUUACACUACGACGCCUGAUCAGAAACGAGUUGAAAUGAUCAGUGGGCAACUUGAGGAUGGACAGUUGGUGAGCGGAGCUGGGCAAUUAGUGGAUGGUGGUGUGUCGGUGGUGGUUGGUGCGCCCGGGCAAGGAACUGUGCUCGUGUUAGCUGAUGAACUCGGACAAGUUAUCACGAUACCCAGGAGACGCAAAGAGCUAAUGGAGGUCAGCGGAGAGUCCUGGCGAGCGUACUACACGGGUGGAUCGGAACAUACUUCUGCGGUGCUGGGCGUCGCCGACGAUCCUCAACCACAAUCCCUGGUCACUGAGUACUAUAAACUGCCUCCAUUGGCACAGGAUACACAUCUCAACCUGCACAAGGAUGUUUGGCAGGCCGGCGGAGCACCGAAGACGGCCAAUGGCGCGCACGGGGCGGAGCUGGGCGAGCUCUCAGGCCUGCUCCACGCGGGCCUCGUGAAGCGCGAGCCCGAGGAUCUCAGCCGCAAGGUGGUCGACGAGCCCGAGCCGCACGCGCUCAAGCCGCCGCGACACAAGGUGGCGGUCGGCGAGUCGGGCGAAGCGGCUUCGCCAUCUCCGGUACCGUCCCGGGCCUCUUCCGCUGGCUCGCUACUACCGGACGCGGCAAUGUACGCAGCGCAAAUGUUUGCGCCCCCUGGCACCCCCAGUCCUACACCUUACGGCGAUCAGUACUCGCGCCAAACAACGGCCUUUGCCGGCGAGCCUUACUACCGAGAAUACUUCGUCGGCGAAGGCUACCAGCAGAGAGCUGCACCGCCCUACAGUGACACCGAGUCGGCGUCAGCUUCAGCUUUCGGUGAUCGAUACUCGGCGCCUCGAUACCAUAGCAAGAGUGUAAUCGCGGCCGCAGGACUCACCGUGGAUCUGCCUUCACCGGACAGCGGUAUCGGCGCAGACGCGGUCACUCCCCGUGACCAUACCGCCGUUCAGCAGUCGUUCGAGUACACCGUAAUCUGCCAGCAGCCCGUGGGCGAGGACGGACGCGGCACCCCCUCGGCGCACCACUCCCCCGCACAACCCCGCACGCGGCCCUGGCACGACUUCGGCCGGCAAAACGAUGCUGACAAGAUACAGAUCGCUAAAUUAUUUUCACCAUACGGCUUCAAGUACCACCUAGAGACGGCAAGUAGCAGUUCCCAAAGGCGCGAAGAUGACCGGAUUACUUAUAUCAAUAAGGGCCAGUUCUAUGGCAUUACGCUGGAAUACAUCCACGAUCCCGACAAACCACUUAAGAAUCAAACUGUUAAGAGCGUCGUUAUGCUUAUGUUCCGAGAAGAAAAAUCACCAGAAGAUGAAAUUAAGGCAUGGCAGUUCUGGCAUGGGAGACAGCAUUCAGUAAAGCAAAGGAUACUCGAUGCCGACACGAAGAACAGCAUCGGUCUCGCCGGUUGCAUUGAGGAGGUUGCCCACAACGCCAUCGCUGUCUACUGGAACCCGCUAGAGAGCGCGGCAAAGAUCAAUAUCGCUGUCCAGUGUUUGAGUACGGACUUCAGCAGUCAAAAGGGAGUUAAGGGUUUACCACUUCACAUACAAAUUGACACCUUCGAAGACCCACGGGAUACGCAAGUUUAUCACCGAGGAUAUUGUCAAAUCAAAGUGUUUUGUGACAAGGGUGCGGAAAGGAAAACGAGAGAUGAAGAAAGAAGAGCAGCGAAAAGAAAAAUGUCCGCCACAAAUAGGAAAAAACUAGACGAAAUAUAUCAUCCGGUAACCGAGAGAAGCGAAUUCUACACUAUGGCCGACUUAUCAAAACCGCCUGUGCUGUUUAGUCCUGCAGAAGACAUCGACAAAUUAGCAGGAAUGGAUAUACAGGGCUUCUACGGGCACGACGAGACAGCUCUUGCUGAAGCUCACCUUAAGGGCGCUUCUCCCUUCCUUUUGCACGCUGCGAAACCUCAAGCACCCGCGCUCAAGUUCCACAACCACUUUCCACCAGAUGCGCCAGCGUAUCGAUCGGACGUGGGUGGAUUAUCACCUUACAGCGAUAGGAAAGAUUCGCUCGAGCUGGAAGUGGUAUUGGGCAAGCGCGCCCGCACGUCCACGCCGCCGCUGAGCGAGCGUGUCAUGCUAUACGUGCGUCAGGACACCGACAACGUGUACACGCCGCUACAUGUAGUACCGCCCACCACGCAGGGGCUGCUACACGCUAUUGAGAAUAAGUACAAAAUUUCAAGUUCGGCAAUUAAUAAUCUUUAUCGAAAGAACAAGAAAGGGAUUACGGCCAAAAUUGACGAUGAGAUGCUGGCAUAUUACUGCAACGAGGACCUGUUUCUGCUAGAAGUGCGGCCAGCAGGCUCCAGUGAAGACGAACCUCUCUACGACAUCACCUUCGUCGAGCUGCCUCUUGAACACUAACGCUAGUGAAUCCGCAUUUCUUCGUAUCAUCUUAUUUUCUUAAUUCGCGCGGGCAUCACGUACCUAAUAUAUUCUACUUAAGAAUACGCGAAUAUCACAAUGUACCUAUUGACAGACUGUCUAAGAUUAUAUGCAUGUCUAGAUAAACUGCCGAGUGCAAGAAAAAAACCUAGAAAUCUACUUGUUUCUAUGUAACCCAAUGAUUAUGUUUCGUCCCAUAAAUAUUUUAUGCAAAAUCCUUGCCACUAAUGUAAGUUAUCAAAGUAUCCUAUAAAACAAAUUUGUAUGGAAAUGGAUAAAUUAUUGUAAUUUAUAAUGUUUUUUCCGUCAUUUUAAACGGACAGAUUAACUUUAAUAAUAAAAACGCAAACGUCACGGUAACAUAAAUAUAUAAGAAGCGUUUCGGUUAUUUUAUCUAGACAGGUAUAUAAUCCAAACGGAUUGUAUUCUAUAUACGCAGUGCAUUAGGUCAUAUGGCUCGCGCUGAAUAUUGUUCACCACGCACUAUUUAACUAUCCGCUUAAAAUUUCAUAGUUCUUUAGAAUAAUAUGUUUUAUAUUUCACGUGGUGGACGUCAAAAUUCCGUAACAUUCCAUUUUAUGUACGUUCAUUAUUUAUAAAUAAGGUUGUCUCUAAAGUGUCGAUCUCAGAUUGAAAUUUACUAUUAAGGAAUCAUCACCGUUACGUUAAAUAAAACACAUGUCACAAAUAGUUUUACGCUGCCUAAUAAACGGCGAUCGGGACCAUUUUGUAUAUAAUUAUUGUCUAUCUGUUAGUGCCUUAAAAAGUUACAUGUUACAAGAUGGUGAUGGCUGAGAAAAGUGAUUGUCGUGUUUAGUAGCGUGAACAUUGGUUUCUUUAACAAUGGUUGUAAUACAAGAAAAACAAAUUAAAAAAGAACUGCAAUGAUCUGCUGCUAAAUUUAAUAAUUGUGUGUGCCAUUCACUCGGUUAUCAUAUGAACUAGAUAUAUUUAGUUAUCGUUUUAACAGGUACCUUUUAAUCUUGCCAUGAUGAUAAAAUAAGAAAUUCUUGUCACAAAUGUUUUAUUGUAGAUAAAUAAAUGUCUACAAUAGAGAAAAAAAGUAAAGUGCCUUCGUCAUAAUAAUUAAUUUUUAUCUUUUAAUGUAAGUGAGUUAAGUCAAAUUAAAUGCCAUCCACUUUGUUAAGUUUUAUGUAAGUAAGUUCGCUUUAUAAGCUCGCUCAAUUCAUUCAUCUAGUAAAGUUGAUAUUAGUUUUAAGCUGAGUCACAAUGCUGGUUUCAUUUUACAAAAACCGUAACACGACUAGCACUGUAAUUUAAAUUUUUUACAUACAUGCCUACGAGUAGAAUUUUAUAAAUUUUAAUCGAGCUAAUAAAACUUUAAUUUAAAAACCUUGUUAUCUUGAUCAAUUAUUAUACGAAAUAGCCUUAGAAACCCAUAAAGGAAUUGAUCAAUAGAAAUAAUAAAUUGAAGCGAUAAAUGAAAAUUAAAAUUUUAAAUGAGACUCUAUCGCUAUUUUGCAUAAUGUACGAUACCAACGCAGUCGUCAUCUAGGUAUACAAAGUUACAAAAUAUUAUGAAGCAUUCGAACAAUAUUUACAUUUUCAUCUGCGGGAGUGGUAUGUGUACCUACAGUUUUAGAAUUUUAUUAAUAUAAUAGAUUUCUAUAUAUAUUUUAUGCUUACGAUACAUAAGUUAUCGGGCCAUGACAACAUAGAAUGUGAAUAGAUUUACUGUUCGAGAUUUAUUUGUAAGAUAUAUAUAAACAGAAUCAAUUUUCGAACCGUGCCGAUUUUUUAAUAUUAAAUUCUGAUAAAAUCGCUCGGUUCAUAUUUUCUGAAUUGGUUAUUACCUGACAACACGAAAAAUAUAUAAGGUUUUCUCCACCGAUUAAUUCAAAAUUCAGAACCAGGUUCUGUUCCUUAAAAGGAUUGGUCGUAGACAAAGUCGCCCAUGAUAUUAUUUUAAGUGCUGUGCCUAGAGCGGACGGUUCGAUUAACUGCCAUAUUAUGACAUAAUUUAGAUUACUUGAUGAUUUUAGAGUUAGAAUUUUAAGUUUAGGUCAUUUUAUCGUCACACAACAGGUAGGAAUCGAAUUUUAUUAGGGUAACGCUCUAUUUUACUUAUUUUAUGUAUGUAAUGUGUUGUUUUGUUUUCUCAUGCGAGCUGCGCCGUGGCCCUCAGUCCGGCGCGAUAUCGAUAUCUUCCAUAAUAUUAUGUUGAUGUUUUACUCACUCGUUGAUGUCUUAUCACUUUAUUUUAAGAAAUUUGGAAUCUCUAUUAAUGUUAUUUUUAUGCAUUUCAUUGCUCAAAGUCUGCAUUUACUUCUGGAGUUAGCGGACUCUAAGUACCUACUUAACUACAUUUUAUACUAUACUUAUUACGUGUAACGACAUAUAUUUAUUUAUGUACUUAUGGUUAUAAAUUGUUCAGCUUUAAUGUUUACUCUCAUUGAUGUUAGAUCGUGAUUCUGAAUCUCGUCAUAAGUCACAAACGUCAGUAGCAAUAAAAUACGUAAUUCAGUUUAGUAGUUAAAUGGGCGUGUUCGCGGGGCGUUGCACGUCGCCAGCCAGUUCGCCGGAGCGGCGUUGUUGUGCAAUGAUUAAGUUUAUCAGAGUAACUAUAGGACGUGUAUAUUGACGUGGACGGAGAGCUUAGGGCAGGGGUGUCAGCGUAGUGAGGAACGUCGGACGGCGCUGGCGACGAGCGAGUUCUCGUUCUACGCCUCGUGGAGAUAGUCACACUAGUUAUUAUACACAUCCAGAGAGUGGUCAUUCCAUUUUCGUUAUUAAAUUUUAAUGUACUUAAUUUUAAAUUGAAUAGAUGUUACGUUAUUCUUUUA